AUGGCCACCGAAGCUGAAGUUCGUUCAUUGGACGAUGUCCACCCCAAUAUCGACACCCAUACAGAUGCGCCAACCCAUGACACACAAAAUACCCCGGAGAAAGACCCCUUGAAGAGAAAGGCGUCGAUCGAUGAAGAAGAAGGCUCGGCAAAGCGCAUCAGGCGUGAUGAUCAUUUCCGGGAGGCCACUGACGAACGGCCAAGAAGAGGGUCAUCACAAAAUCGACGAGAGUCCCACGACAGCUCUGCAGCUAUCGAUGCUGAUCGCCGUAGGUUGGCGACACAGGAGGAAAAGAAGCGCGGAAAGCGACUGUUUGGGGGACUCCUGAGCACCCUGAGUCAAACAACGGGCAGUUCACAACAGAAGCGUCGUCUGGAGAUUGAACGACGGCAACAGGAGAGGCUCCAGAAACAGAAGCUCGAAGAUGACAGGGCGCGCGACGAGAAUAGGGCACGGCUCACCGGGAUUCGGAUGGCUGAGCAGAUUGUUUUCGAUGAGCAGGUGAUGCGGAACAAACACUCCAAGAUGCUGGCAACGGCCCGGUACUUGCGGACAACGGCACAUCCGCGAAUAUAUUAUCUACCUUGGAAGCUUACAGAAGAGCAAGAAAACGAGAUAGACAACCAAGUCGGGCAAGCCAAGGCGACAAUAGCGCGGCAACUGGAAGCCUUCGCGGCCAGGAAAGAACGGCAUGUAAAGGACAGCGGUCGAGACAGGCGAUCGUCUUCUCCAGUCACAGCACCUGUUCCAGCACCCGCCAGCGAGGCUUCAGUCGACAAGGCGAGGAGUACGAACGGCUCAGAACAUUCAGGGCGGGCUCCAGAGAAGGAGCAUCAUCAUCACCAUAACCAUCACCAUCAUCAUGAUGAAUCGGCAGAUGUGUUGGAGGAGGCUGAAGAGGACAUGGUGAUUUACUAA